CUCAUCAUCACCAUGGCCUUCCUCUGGAUCGUCUCCUGCCUCGCCUUCGUCAGCGCCGCUUACGGCUGCGGUACCCCCGCCAUCCCUCCCCAGGUGAGCGGCUAUGCCCGCAUCGUCAAUGGCGAGGAGGCGGUACCUCACUCUUGGCCCUGGCAGGUGUCUCUGCAGCAAUCCAACGGUUUCCACUUCUGUGGAGGAUCUCUAAUCAACGAGAACUGGGUGGUGACCGCCGCCCACUGCAACGUCAGGACCUACCACCGCGUGAUCGCUGGAGAACACGAUAAGGGCUACGGCUCCAACGAGGACGUCCAGGUGCUGAAGCCUGCCAAGGUGUUCACUCACCCCCAGUGGAACCCCCGAACCAUCAACAACGACAUCUCUCUCAUCAAGCUGGCAACCCCCGCCCGCGUGGGCACCAACGUGUCCCCUGUCUGCCUUGCUGAGUCCGCUGACGUCUUCGCCGCUGGAAUGACCUGCGUCACCUCCGGCUGGGGUCUGACCCGCUACAAUGCUCCCAGUACUCCCAACAAGCUGCAGCAGGCCGCCCUGCCCCUGCUGUCCAAUGAGCAGUGCAAGAAACACUGGGGAAGCAACAUCUCCGGGGUCAUGAUCUGUGCUGGAGGAGACGGAGCCACUUCCUGCAUGGGCGACUCUGGUGGUCCUCUGGUCUGUCAGAAGGACAGCGCCUGGACUCUGGUGGGUAUCGUGUCCUGGGGAAGCAGCCGUUGCUCCACCUCCACUCCUGCAGUCUAUGCUCGUGUCACCGAGCUCCGUGGCUGGGUCGACCAGAUUCUCGCCGCCAACUAAACACUCAGAGGCUAUGCCUCCAACACCGGCCCGUUGGUCCUUCAGAGUGUUUACAGUGAAUGAUAAUAAAAAACUCUGAACAUCA